AUGCCAGUUUAUGGAUCACCAUUUCCUAAAUUGAAGUCAGAAGUGCGUUACAAGACUGUCUUCGAGAGAGCUGGUUUUGAUGUCAACUAUGAGCCACCUUCGACACAGUUGAAGAAAAAUAAACUAAAUAUCGCUUCUAUUCACUAUGAUGCUCUCUUAAAAUCAACAAAAAACAAAAUAAGAAUCAAGUCACAGGGAAACCCAAAUGAAUUUACUUUUGAAACGGAUAUCAACCCACUAGAAAAAAGUUUUCUUAGGUUAACUCAACAAGAUGAAGCUGAAACACCUUCCGUCAAGUCAAGUGUCUUAGAAACAGAGAUUUUCAACUUCGAAGAAUCGCCAAAUACAUAUUCUGAAAAUACUACCCCAAUUUUUGAUUCAAAUGAAUUUAGUAAGGAUCUUGAUACACCACAGAAUGAUGAUAUACUUGCAUUUGAAAAGUACAACACAUUUCAGAACUCUAAGUUUGAACAACUCACAGAAGAAGACACCAAAUCUAUCAAAAAUGAUGCUUGUUCUCUUGCAAACGAAUUCACUUUCGAGGCGCAGACCAUAGAAUCAAAAGCACUUUCAUCGGAUCAGGUUCGUUCGCUUGGGCCUCAUGAUAUGGAAGAGACCUCAGUAUCUGAUAAUUUUGAAGUGCAACCAAUUUCAGACAGUCCUGAAUCGUUUAUAGAUAACACCUUUUCUUCGACCAUUUAUUUUGAUGCCAAUGGAUCUAAGAGUAGACAUUCAAGUGUUGUUCUAUCCAAAGAACAAUCAUUGGACGACGAAGAUGUUCUACAGGGAGUUGAAGAUGAAAAGGAUAAUGUUAGUUUAGUUUCCAGUAAAACCGUUGAUGAAAAAGAGGCAUUGGGACAAAGUACUGAUGAAAUGGAAAGUAUAAGUCUGACAAGCACUGCCUCUGUUGACGAUAAAACAAUAACGGAAGCUAACGUUUCCAGUCAAUCAUACCAGGAUAUUGAGACGCAUUCUGAUAACUUUAUCAGUGAAGAUACCGAAGAAACCAGAGUUGAAUCUGUUUUAAUAGAAAAGGAAGAAAAAUAUGAAGAGGUACCAACUGCCACAAGCAUACAAUUGCAUAAGUUACUAGAGCAAUUAGAAGAUACGAAACAGUCUAAAAGACAGGAAUUGUUAAAAUUAUCAUCUGGACAUAUGAUUGCUGAAAAAGCAGACGCCACUCAGGACGUUGAACCUCUCGAAAGCAAAGAAUUUACUUCAUUCAAAAAAUCUAGUUGCUAUCUCUCAGGGAUGCCAGAAGAACUGUUUGCCCCUCAAAAUGAGGAAAUUAUCGAAGAACCUGCAUUAAAAUACGAAACUGGGGAGGGGCCUUGUCGAAACUGUCAUCAACCAAUAAUUCCAUCAAUCAAAAUUAAGGAAGAAAAGCCAGUGAGUGCCAGUGAACUAUCCGGGCAAUGGCAUCGUAAAUGCUUCCAUUGUGUCGAGGUUGGCUGUAAUGUUCAAUUCAAUAAAAAUGUUUCAUGUUACAUUAUAGACGAUCUUCCAUAUUGUCAGUACCACUAUCACAAGAAAAACGGAUCAAUUUGUAAAAUGUGCACAAAUGGCAUUGAAGGAGAAUGUCUUGAAAAUGAUAAAUUCGAAAGAUUCCAUACACACUGUCUCACAUGUUUUGUUUGUCGUGAAACUAUUUCCAACGAUUAUUUCAUAUUUAAUGGUAAUAUACCAUUUUGCGAUAAGCAUGAUGUUAAUGCAUUAGUUGAACACGGGAUUAUUGAAUUUGAUACUACUAGCGAUCACCAAGAAAAUAAAAUUCAUAGAAGGAGAACAAGAAUAAUCGGCUAUUAA